AUGGCUGCUAAUAGUACUGUUUCCAGUAAACAAAUUAGUAUAGAAAAACGAUUAGAAAUAUUAAACAAAUUAGAAGCUGGUGUAAGUGUUAAUGAUCUGGCACGGGAAUACAAUGUGACUGACAGAAGCAUACGUAGAAUUCGACAAAAUGUUUUGUCGAUACGACAAUUUGCAGAGAAUAGUCAACAUUUAACAAGGAAAAGAAUUAGAACAUCAACGUGCGAUGACUUCGAGAACCAACUGUACAGUUGGUUUUUGCAAAGAUGCUGUUUAGGAGACAGGAUCACAGAUAACAUUCUAUUGGAAAAAGCAAAAGAACUGCAAAAAGAAAGUGGUCCUCCUAAUUUUACACCAAACCGAGGUUGGCUGUGGCGUUUUAAAAAAAAUUAUAACUUACGCCUCGUCGAUAUUUAUGGCGAAAGUGCUACAGAAAAUAUUAUCGAGCAGUUUUCACAGAUCUUAGAAGAAAGUGAAAUUAGUGAAAAUGACCUGUAUAAUAUGGAUGAGACAAGCUUGUUUUGGAACAUGCUUCCAAAUAAAACACUAGUAAGUGCCAGGGAGAAAAGAGUACCAGAUAGGAUUACUUUAGGUUUAUGUACAAAUGCAAGUGGAAACCAUAAAUUGCCCCCAAUUUUUAUCAAUAAAUAUGAGAAUCCAAGGGCAUUAAAACAUUGUAAAAAUAAUUUGCCAGUGUUUUACGCACACCAGAAAAAUGCCUGGAUGAAUAAUACAAUCUUUCUGUCAUGUGGGCACAUAGUAUCAGAUAAUCAAAUGGAUGACGAUCAAUUCAAAAUAAUGUUUUUACUGCCGAAUACCUCUUCCCUGAUCCAACCAAUGGAGCAGGGCAUAAUUUCAAAAUGUAAAAAACUUUUCCGACACAAAUUAUUACAGCGAGCAUUAAAAUAUAAUGGUGGCAUACCAGAUUUCUAUGGAGAUUACGAUAUAAAAGAUUGCAUAGAUUUAGUCAAUGAAAGUUGGGGCAGCAUUACUGCAGUAAACAUUUAUAAUGCAUGGAACAAAAUUUUUAAUCGUACGAGAUUAAUCCAUUCUGUUACUUCUUUGUCAGAAACUGUUACACACAGUGCAGCAUAUGAAACAAUUUCUGAUGAAGAAGUAAAAGAAUGGAUUGAUCAGUAUGAGGAAGUGGAAAUAAUUAGAGAAGAUGCUGUUGAAGAAGAGGAAGAAUCUUCUAAUUUACGGUCACCCUCACCAAUAGAAGCAGAAGAAAUUGAUAGAUUCCUGCACUAUUUGGAAAAAAUUAGAUUAAUGGAACCUGAAAUUGCGAAUCAUGCACAAUCUAUAAUAAAUUAUUACAAUUCAAAAUAA